CACUGUGUUCCCCUCUAAUGUAACAGGGGGAGUAGUUACAGCUGGAAGGAUAAUAAGAUGCGCAUGAAUUUACUACAGUAUCCGAAAAACGAUAAGAAAAAAAAUAAAUGGACGCUUUCAUUGGUCAUAGCAAGCCUUUACAUGAGUUUUUGAUUUGGUGUUUGUUUUAUUUAAGUUGGGAUCUCCUCGACGAAUUUUAGCCAAGUGCAAGUUAAGACUUGAGACGCCGCUUUCCGCAGUUGAUGGAGAUUCAAAGUUUGUUCGGUCCACUCGCAUUGGAAAGAAAUGCGUCCUUCGCUGACUGUGAAGGCCUCCUGUGGUCAGAGUGGAUCAGUGAUUUCACUAAAGGCAAGGAGCACCACUCCACGAUAUGACAUUUGUUCCAGUAAUAUUCCAGAGACAUCUUCCAAGUUGUUUUGCCAUCUUGUGAAUGAGUGUGUGAGCUCAGGUGGAAUCAACGGCUUGCCCCCUGAUUUGCAGAUCUAAGGUGACACAGUGGAAAACCAUACUGUACAGUGCUGACUCACUAAACUCAUGAGUACCAAAAGUAUUCCCCGGCAUAAAUCCUGUCACUGAACUCUCCAGUAUUCAGCGUUACACACCGCUAUUGGAAAAAAGCCAAUGUCUGCCUCUUCUCCCCCAUCCUUACCUCGAGCCUUCCUCCACUCUCUCCAUCCACACCACCCGAACUUGCCACCCGUUUUGUCCCCAUCCUCGGCUGGACUGCUUUACGCGCGGCUGUCCAACGGAAACCACAGUGUCCCCAGCCCCACCAACUCCCGAAGCUCUUUCCAUGGGGUGUCUUUCCUGUUGCAAAUUGGGUUGACCAGAGAGACAGUGAACCUGGAGGGCAAUGACCUAACACUGUCAGCCGUCAAGGACCUGGUGUGCUCUAUAGUGGACCAAAAGUUCCCAGAAUGCGGCUUCUUUGGCAUGUACGACAAGAUCUUGCUAUUCCGCCAUGACCUAAAUGAUGAAAACAUCCUGCAGAGGCUGACCUCAACUGAGGACAUCCACGAGGGAGACCUAAUUGAGGUGGUUCUCUCCGCCCAAGCCACAGUUGAAGACUUCCAGAUUCGACCUCAUGCCCUUUAUGUCCACUCCUACAAAGCCCCCACUUUCUGUGACUACUGCGGGGAGAUGUUAUGGGGUCUUGUUCGGCAGGGGCUCAAAUGUGAAGGGUGUGGGCUAAACUACCACAAGCGCUGUGCCUUUAAGAUUCCAAAUAACUGUACUGGUGUGAGGAAGAGGCGAUUGUCCAAUGUCUCGCUGCCAGGACCAUCCCUCUCUGUACCUCGACCGGUACCUGCAGAGAAUGCAGCGGUUAUCUUGGAUGAGCAGCAGCAGCAGAGGUCCCAUCAAGAAGCGGGGAAGCGAAUCCUGUCCUGGAGUGGCAGGCCUAUCUGGAUGGAGAAGAUGGUGCUCGGUCGAGUCAAGGUUCCUCACACCUUUGCCAUUCACACCUACACUCGACCCACUAUCUGCCAGUACUGCAAGCGCCUGCUCAAGGGAAUCUUUCGUCAGGGAAUGCAGUGUAAAGAUUGCAGAUUUAACUGCCAUAAGCGGUGCGCUUCAAAGGUACCAAGAGACUGCUUGGGUGAGGUGGAUUUCAACGGAGAGCCAUCGAGCCCUGGCCCGGAGUCAGACACGCCUCUGGAUACAAUGGAAGUAGACAGCAGUGACAUGGAAGGCAGCAGAGGGCUGGAUGACCCAGAGGAACUCUCUACUCCGGAGGAGAGGUUGUUCGACAUGGACUCUCCCUUCUUGGACCGAGAGAAAGAUGAGGAGCCCAUUAAGACUAUUAGCCCCUCCACAAGCACCAACAUCCCACUGAUGCGGGUGGUCCAGUCCAUCAAGCACACUAAGAGGCGGAGUUCCACUGUGGUGAAGGAGGGCUGGAUGGUUCAUUUUACCAGCAGAGACAACUUGAGGAAGAGACAUUACUGGCGACUGGACAGCAAAAGUCUGAGUCUCUUUCAGAACGACACAGGAGCCAAGUUCUACAAAGAAAUCCCCCUGUCUGAGAUUCUCCAGGUGGAGCAUUGCAGAGAUUACAAGAAUCUGGCCCAGGGAAGCAACCCACACUGCUUUGAGAUUAUCACAGCCACCAUGGUCUACUAUGUUGGGGAGAACAAUAUCAGUCACUACCAUAGCCCUGUUCUGGCUGCGUCAGGAGUUGGCGUGGAGGUGGCUCAAGGCUGGGAGAAGGCCAUCAGACAGGCCCUGAUGCCGGUCACACCUCAGCCUAGUGUGGCAAGUGCUGCAGGCCCGGGCAAAGAUCAUCGAGAGCUGUCCAUCAGCAUAUCUGUGUCCAACUGCCAAAUUCAAGAGAAUGUGGACAUUGCCUCCGUGUACCAAAUAUUCUCAGAUGAAGUGCUGGGAUCAGGACAGUUUGGAAUUGUGUAUGGAGGUAAACACAGAAAAAGUGGCAGAGAUGUGGCCAUAAAGGUUAUUGACAAGAUGAGAUUUCCUACCAAGCAAGAGAGCCAGCUGAGAAAUGAGGUGGCCAUAUUGCAGAAUUUGCAUCAUCCCGGCAUUGUCAACCUGGAAUGCAUGUUUGAGACACCGGAGCGGGUCUUUGUUGUGAUGGAGAAGCUGCAUGGCGACAUGCUGGAAAUGAUACUGUCUAGUGAGAAGAGCAAGCUGCCUGAACGAAUCACCAAGUUUUUAGUUACACAGAUUCUGGUGGCCUUGCGACAUCUGCACUUCAAAAACAUAGUUCACUGUGACCUGAAGCCUGAGAAUGUGCUGUUGGCCUCUGCCGAACCCUUUCCUCAGGUCAAGCUGUGUGACUUUGGAUUCGCCCGCAUCAUUGGUGAGAAGUCUUUCCGCCGAUCGGUGGUGGGCACUCCAGCUUACCUGGCUCCAGAAGUCCUACGUAGUAAAGGCUACAAUCGCUCGUUAGAUAUGUGGUCAGUGGGAGUUAUUGUGUACGUCAGUUUGAGCGGGACAUUCCCUUUCAAUGAGGACGAGGACAUCAACGACCAGAUUCAGAAUGCUGCCUUCAUGUACCCCCCUACGCCCUGGAAGGACAUCUCAGCAGAAGCCACAGAUCUGAUCAAUAAUCUUCUCCAAGUGAAGAUGAGGAAGAGGUAUAGCGUCGACAAGUGUCUCAGCCAUCCUUGGUUGCAGGACUAUCACACAUGGUUGGACCUCAGAGACUUUGAGACGCGGCAAGGCGAACGCUACAUCACCCACGACAGCGACGACGCACGCUGGGAGGAGUACGCAGACGAGCACAAUCUUGCUUACCCCAAACACUUCAUCAUGGCACCCAACCUGGAUGACAUGGACGAGGAUCCCUAGUGGCGAUCCCUAGAGGACUUUAUUCAGGAAGAUCAUAUGGGACUUUUUGCGUCAAACUAUGGGAACUGUGAGGAUAAACUGUUUGCUGUGGAAACAGAGAAAAACUCGGGAUGUGUGGGGGAACUCAAGUUUCUAGCAUGCCGCACUGCUACAAAUCAUAAACUGAGGAUGGGCGGAUGGGCUGAAAAACACACAGAAACUGAGGAGAGGCAAGCUUACUACUUUGUGCGACAUCCCAACUCAUUCCAUGGAUGUAAGGACAAUCGUACCAAGAUAAACUUGAUUGUUCCAUUGUUUCAUUGAGUUGUGGUUCGUUUUCAGUAAUAAUAUGGUUCCGUUUUUUUUUGUGUGUGUGUCUGUGUGUUUGUGUGUGUGCGCUUGUGUGCGUUAGAAGAGGUCAAUAGAGAAAUGUUGAGUUUAUCCCAGGAGUAAAGGACACUUUUCACAAGGGAUUUGGGCUCUGAGAAUUUAUUCAAACAUACUGCAAUUUCUCAUUUCCAAAUGAUUUGUGAGACUGUCCUUUGGCAUGAAACUGGAACAAUCACCUGUUUUUUUUUUUUGGUUGGGGGUGUGGGGUCUGUAUAUUAUUUUAAUGUAUUUAGUAAUUGUGAUAGUGUUUUGCACUAUAUUGCUUUGAACAUUCCGAUGGAACAGAAACUCCAUUUGCUGCUACAGAAGGCGUGUCAGGUCUUGGUGCACAGUGUUCAAUAGAGAUAAAGCGUGAGAAGUAGCCGGAAUUCACGAAUGACUGAUGUACUGUAUGCUUGGAUUUUGUGAACAUGUGUGAUCUGAUCUCUCGCCUUAAAAAAACCUAUAUGCAAAGGCCUUGUGGAGUACUUCAAACCCAUAAGCCUCAUCAGUCAGUACAUUCGGUGUCACAGCAAUUUGAUUUUUUGAGUUCAGUGUUGGACUGAAACCAACAAUGUGAGCAUUGUAUUCACGUAUAUUAGUUGAAGUGGAACUUUGUCGGCAUCCAUUUGUGGAAUGUGAUUUUCGAAUUUUUUAAAAUUGUUUUCAUUCUUGGUGGCUAACUGAAGUAUUACGAAGAGCAGAGGUGCCACAUAGAACAAAACUGUCUGUUCCAUGUGCAAACUACCGGUAAUUAUAAUGUGUGACGUCUGAGGGUUUUUUUUCUUUUAGUACCACCAUAUUGAAGAGUUCACUUAUGGCAAUUACUUUUACAGCAGUUAUGUUGUUAACUCUGCUGUUUUGAUUUGGGAGUACAUUCCAGUUUUCCUUAAAUCUUUUUCAUCUUUGUUGCCGCUGGAUUGGCAGGUGUUUUUUUUUAUUGUUUUUUUUUUUACAUUUCUUUGUAUAACAUUGGAAAAUAAAGACCACACUUCUUAACUGAGAAGGAAAAUUAACAAA